AUGAUUCCACUAUUCAACAAGUCCCACGCAACUAAAGGAGAGGUGCUUCUGGAGUUCCUGAACCAGUCGACAGUAUUAUGCAGGCGCUUUGAGAAUGGCCAGUGGUACUGCUACAUCCUGCUGGUCCUCUUCACUUUUGCCCUUCCUGUGGGAAUCUUGGGAAACGUGGCGGCUCUGGUCAACUACACCUGCUUCAGGAAAAGCUCCAGCACCAGCAACAUCUUCCUGCUGAACCUGGCGCUGUGCGACUCGGCCUGGAUCCUCACCCUCCCCUUCACCCUUUACUUCACCUUCCAGAGGCCGCACCUUAAAGACAUACAGGUCUUCUGCCAGUUCAAGAAGAUCUCCUUCAACAUCAACAUCUACGGCAGCAUCCUCUUCCUCACCCUGAUCAGUUUUGAUCGCUACAUUGGGACGGUGCACCCCAUCAGCUCUCUGCGCUGGUGGGACGUGGGUAAAGCUAAGCUGUGCGCCGUCUGCACAUGGGUCCUGCUCAUCCUGAGCUCCAUCCCGGACUUAUAUGUAACUUUCGCAAUCCAGAGGCCUGAAAAUGUGACUGUGUGCAUGGACCACAUCCAUGGUCCGUUCAUCUACGUCAAGACCAUCACCAUCAUCAGAACAAUAGUAGGCUUCCUGCUGCCAUUUAGCAUCAUGCUGGUUUUUUACAUCAACACAGUUCGUGUUUUGAGGCGUCUCCCGAGGGGCAGAAGGGACAGAGGAGCCCAGCGGGCGGGGGGGAAGCCUCAGCUGCUCAUCACCGCCGCCAUACUCAUCUUCGUGGUCUCUUUCAUGCCCUACCACAUCAUGGUCAUCACUCUAGUGUUCAUGAGGAUCCACAACCAGGUCACACCCUCUAAUACCAAUGUCCUCUAUGCCUCCUUCGAGUUCUUUGAGGCCAUGUGCAGCGUGAGCAGCUGUCUGGACCCGGUGCUGUACAUCGCAGCGAGCGAGCAGUUCCAGAAGAAGCUGCUGGCCCUGAAGAGAGACAGACGCAGGAUGCUGUGCUGCAGAGCCAGCAGGAGGGUUGGGGUGAUUGGUUGA